UUUUAUUCCCUUUGAUGCCGAUUGCUCAACGCCAUCGCCGCAGAACCAUGUAAUGGUGGUCAGCAAGAGACGUCUUACAUACACAUGCUUCGUCUGAUAGGAUUAUAAAAGCUCUUGCAUUGUAUCUUGCGUCUCCUGUUGUGUCCGAGCCAUCACAAGUAAAUCUGCAUACUUGCCGAACAUGACGAGUGCUUCUUUACCCACCUCCCUCACCCAGCUACCGCUCAGCGAUGAGGAUCGCCCACGGUACAGCGCAGCCCAGUUGCACGAUUACUUUGCUCGAAUCCAGCUUCCACAAAAAUACCUCGACUCGCCUUUACUGUCCAACAAAUCCUAUUCCAUCACUAAGCAGCACGGACUUCCAUUUCUGCAGGCUUUGACCCGGCAUCACGUCUGCAAUGUGCCUUUCGAGAACUUGGAACUACACUACUCCGCGCACAGGAUCAUUACUCUCGACCCGGCAGAUCUUUACACGAAGAUCGUGACCAACCGGCGCGGUGGGAGAUGUAUGGAGAACAAUACCUUCUUCGGGACCGUUCUCCGUUCCCUUGGCUUUGAAGUUCGCAACUGUGGAGGCCGCGUGUCGCGAGCCAUGAGUCCUUAUCCAGAGGUUCGGCGCAACCAGGCUGCAACAUAUGACGGGUGGAAUCACAUGCUUAACCUUGUUCGAUUUGACGAUCAGUGGUUUGUCGUUGAUGUAGGCAUGGGCAGCAUGGGUCCUAACUUGCCCUACCCGCUACAGGAUGGGUUUGAAACGACUAGCAUUGCGCCACGCAAGAUACGACUACAGUUUCGCGCUAUUGCAGAGUCGUAUGGGGAUCAUUCCAACAAGCUAUGGUGCUACGAUGUUUGCCACGAUCCGGCGGGAGACGAAGAGGACGUCUGGGUGCCGACUUAUUGCUUCACCGAGACGGAGUUCCUGCCUCAGGAUUACGAGAUCAUGUCGUGGUAUACAUCCACCAAUGGGAAGUCCUUCUUUACUAAAUAUGUCACAAGCACGACAAUGAUAAUGGAUGAGGCAAAAGAGAAAAUCGUCGGGAACACCACUCUCUUCAAGGAUACCAUAAGAAAGGCUGUUGGUGGUUCUCGGGAGGUCAUGAAAGAAUGUACUACGGAAGACGAGCGUGUGGACGCUCUGAAAGAUUUUUUUGACAUUGAUUUGACUGAUGAGCAAAGGCAAGGAAUCUCAGGCGAUGUAAAGCUUGGCUGAUAUUUUGGGAUUCUCUUAACACGAAAUCCCCUUUCCGGAAACGUUUUGUAAUAAUGUUCAAGACUAUCUUCUGCUUCAAGGCUCCGAAGCUGCGUCGGCAAGUGACAAAAAUGUAGCCAUUCAGCAGCAGUGUGGCGCCAUCAACAGCCCAACUACAAGUAGUGUACACACUCAACAGAAAG